CUAGAGACUCCGGCAAAGCGGUACCAGGGCUGCGGAGCGCACGGACGGACGCACAGUCGGGCCGAGAGAGGGACCCGCCAGCGGCCGCGAGACUGCAGCAACCCUACUAGAUCAGGAGCUUCAGGGGCUGUCCAGCCUCUUCUGUGUUCUGACCCAGCACAGUCUGAGUUGGAUCUAGGACCGGCUAUUGUCUGCCUCCUUGUGCCCACACUGCCCUCUCGCUUCCAGUCAUGGCGCCCCUGCUCACCCUGUUCCUGGUGGCCCUGGUGGGCCUACCUCUGGCCCAGACCCUGGACUGCCACGUGUGUGCCUACAAUGGAGACAACUGCUUCAACCCCAUACGCUGCCCGGACAUGGUUGCCUACUGCAUGACCACACGCACAUACUACACCCCAACCAGGAUGAAAGUGAGCAAGUCGUGCGUGCCCAGCUGCUUCGAGACUGUGUAUGAUGGCUACUCCAAGCAUGCGUCUACCACCUCCUGCUGCCAGUAUGACCUCUGUAAUGGUGCCGGCUUCGCCACCCCAGGGACCCUGGCCCUAGCUCCCAUACUCCUGGUUACGCUCUGGGGUCUGCUCUAAAACCCCCAGGCAGACACAUUCAACUACAAAGCUUUUUAGAGACACAGCUGCCCCCUCUCACCCUGCACCCCCUAUCCAACUAUCUGCCUUCCCAACACCCCCUCAACCAUGCCCAUGUCCUGGGACUGUCUGCAAGAGGACACCUGACCUCCCAACCACCCAUGUGGCCUCACUUUGAGGCUUGACCUUUCAUUUUCGAAAAGCUUAUGUGUGGGACUGAACCACCCAAAGGUGUCUGGCCUUGGUGGGCAACUCAGCCCCUCCCCUGUCCUGGGCUCAGAGUGUCUGGCAAAAUGCUAUUUAUGGGAAGAGGGACUCAGCCAGGGAACACUAAUUAGAUGGGAGUUGGCAAACCCCACCUUCUGGGUGGCCUGAGAGCAAGGCCCUGCCUCAGUUGCCCCUCUCUAUCCUUAGGUGUCUUGGAGGGGAAGGGGAGAUCAGAAGCGCCGUGGGUGCAGGGGAGGGGGGCAAUCCCAGGAGGUGGGGCUCUCCCAGGCCUAGGGAGGGCCGUCUCUGUGCUUCCUAUUGUGGCCAGAAGCUGCCCUGAGCAGGUGUGGGAUGGAAGGCCCUGUGAGAAAGGCCUUUGUCACUGUCACCUGUCCUAGGAGCUGCGCCAGGUCCGGUGUCAAAAAAGUCUUUGGUAGACAGGGACUGGCCCUGCCUCAACAGGCCUCUGAGGCCCCUUCAGGGUCCGGCAA